ACAACGAACAUCGAGUCGACUAGUUCCCCAUUUCCCUCUGCUUGUGAGCUGUCGAGACAGGAACGGAAAUCCCCAUCCUGUCGUCGUCCUCCUCCCGCAGGCAUCUCUUCCUCCUGCUGGCUGCUGCCCCGCGGCUCCCCACGAUUCCUUCCCUUCCAGCUCGAGGCCAAGCUCUGCUCUCUCUCUCUCCUCCUUCCGAUCCAUUCCCCGUGUUUUCAUUCCUUCCCAAGAGAAAGGGAGGCAUGGAGUCCGAUCCCAACAGUAAUCAGGAGGAGCAGCACCGCAUCUUGUUGCCUAGCGAUACUGAUAGUGCAACAGCAGCCGCAGCAAAGGCCGACCACGGCGAACAAGUUGCCGAUCUCGAUCUGGAUCCCGUUGUGAUUGAAGGAGAAGAGGUCAAGGUGGAGAAGAAGAGGAGUAGCCGGAAAGUACGGUUCAACGACUGCAGCCUCACCCAGGUCCUGGAGUUCCAGCCAAGCACCCAGGAGGACGCCAUUUCCCUGUGUGCCCAGCUUUGCACUUGGCUCUGUGGACAGAGGCCAGAAACAUAGGCAUGCAUGCCUGCUUCAAGGAGAAGAGGUCAAGGUGGAGAAGACAAGGAGUAUAUGCUUGUGUUGAUUCUUGGAGUUCACUGAUAUGGCAACAACAAGAAGCCGGAAUUUAGCUGAAUGAGGGAUGGAGGGAUGGUCAGAGAUACAAGGAAACAUGCAUGGAUGUGUAUAUGUAUGGUCGCUCCAUUUCCUCGCAGGCAUCCAGCUAAUGUCCUCGCCUCAGUUUUGGUGGUUCCAUCUUGCGCCUUGUCUUGGAUCCUGUAAUGAAGAACGGUGCUUUCGAACGCCAAAAUGGCAUCUUGUCUUUCCUAUUAUUGGUUAUUGCUCAUCCAUGUUCAUAAACUACGUGUUCCAAGUUUCGUUACCCCUCUUCACAUCUGAACAUGGAAUUGACAAUCACGCUGUAGAACUACUACAGUUUUUUGGCAAACAUUUGUGGAAGGGAAGAGACACCAAAAGCGCUCUCAGUAAUAGACAAAUAUAAGUAAACUUCCUCAAAUUUGAUGAAGUGGCCAAAGGAGAUGGUGGUCAAACCAUGAGCACAAAGAGGAAGUGAAUGAGGGGGGCACUCCUCGUACAAGAGAUGCCAGGUACUAAAAAACUAACCCUGGCAUCCUUUUUUGGGACGGAGCGAGUAGUUCCAAUCUGCAACAUCUGUCAUUCUCAGGUUUAAAGUUUUUCAACCAAAGAAACGCAUGGUGUGCACCAACUCUCAACCAAUUGUUGUUCUGAUCUGUGAACAAUCAGACAGAGAUAACAAUGUGCAUGUGAAAUACUCUAGACCGUAACCAUUUUUGGACAGAGAGAGUAGAAUGGAUGAUAAACACCAACUCUUUCCAUUUGGAGAUCUGUGGUGUGAGCAAUAUCAGGCAAGGACAAUAACAUCCAUGUGAAAUUCUGAAGUGUAACCAGAAUGCGGGGUUGCAUUAACGAACUGGUUAUGCUCACAUUGAACAGGUAAACGACCAGAUCAAGCUAGGUGUGCGAAUAGUCAGUGCAAAGAUUAAUAGUGCAUUGGGAUUAAAACCCCUGGUACAUUGGACAACAUAUAAAUGGGGCCAAAGCGCAAUCCUGAGAAAUACUGUACACUGUUGUCAAUGGCAAAGAACCUGUCUUGAACAUCUUUGAUUUUGUACACUGUUUCUAGAGUUCUGGUUAUUAGGGAGAAUGACUUUUUCAGAUGCCUAUAUCUGGACAAGAGUGCAGCUAACAUGGAGAAGUACAAGGUGGCGAGAAGGCUGCAAGGCGGGCGGUGAGUGAAGCAAGGGAUCGGGCGUAUGAGGACCUCUACCAACGUUUAAACACGAAGGAAGGCGAAAGGGACAUCUAUAAGAUGGCCAAGUUUAGGGAGAGGAAGACGAGGGAUGUCAACGAAGUCAAAUGCAUCAAGGACGGAGAGGAUCAGCUUCUUGUGAAGGAUGAGGCGAUCAAGCAUAGAUGACGGGAGUACUUUGACAACCUUUACAAUGGAGAGGUUGAGAGCUCUACCAUUGAGCUAGACGACUCAUUUUGAUGAUACCAGCAUGUGCUUUGUGCGACGUAUCCAGGUCUGAGGUUAAGGAGGCGCUAAGGAGGAUGAAAGGAGGCAAUGCGAUGGGUCCUGAUGGUAUCCCCAUCGAGGCGUGGAGAGGCCUUGGAGACGUAGCGAUAGUAUGGCUAACUAAGUUUUUCAACCUCAUUUUUCGGUUAAACAAGAUGCCCGAAGAAUGGAGGCGGAGUAUUUUAGUACCAAUCUUCAAGAACAAGGGGGAUGUUCAAAGUUAUACUAAUUACCGUGGAAUAAAGCUGAUGAGCCAUACUAUGAAGCUAUGGGAGAGAGUCAUUGAGCACCGCUUAAGAAGGUUGACAAGCGUGACCAAAAACCAAUUUGGUUUCAUGCCUGGGAGGUCUACCAUGAAAGCCAUCUUCUUGGUACGACAGCUGAUGGAGAGAUACAGGGAGCAAAAGAAGGACCUUCAUAUGGUGUUCAUUGAUUUGGAGAAGGCCUAUGAUAAGAUACCUCGGAAUGGCAUGUGGUGAGCCUUGGAGAAACACAAAGUCCCAAUAAAGUACAUUAACCUCAUCAAGGAUAUGUAUGAUAAUGUUGUAACAAGUGUUCGAACAAGUGAUGGCGACACUGAUGACUUUCUAAUUAGAAUAGGGCUACACCAAGGGUCAGCUUUGAGCCCUUAUCUUUUUGAUUUGGUGAUGGAUGAGGUCACAAGGGAUAUACAAGGAGAUAUCCCAUGGUGUAUGCUCUUUGCGGAUGAUGUGGUGCUAGUCGAUGAUAGCCGAAAGGGGGUUAAUAGAAAGUUAGAGUUGUGGAGGCGAACUCUAGAAUCGAAAGGUUUUAGGCUUAGUAGAACUAAAACUGAAUACAUGAGGUGCAGUUUCAGUUCUACUAGGCACGAGGAGGUGGUACCGGAGCGAGACACUUUUCGAUAUUUGGGGUCCAUGUUGCAGAAGGAUGGCGAUAUCGAUGAAGAUGUGGGCCACCGAAUCAAGGCUGGUUGGAUGAAGUGGCGACAAGCUUCUGGCGUACUCUGUGACAAGAGAGUGCCACAAAAGCUAAAAGGCAGAUUUUAUAGGACAGCUACCCGACCUGGGAUGUUGUAUGGCGCGGACUGUUGGCCAACGAAGAGACGACAUAUCCAACAGUUAAGGGUAGCAGAGAUGCGCAUGUUGCGAUGUAUAUGUGGCCACACAAGAAAUGAUCGGGUACGGAAUGACGAUAUACGAGAGAGAGUUGGGGUAGCACCGAUUGAAGAGAAGCUGGUCCAACAUCGUCUCAGAUGGUUUGGACAUAUCCAACGGAGGCCUCCGGAAGCGCCAGUGCAUAGCGGACGGAUAAAACGUGCUGAGAAUGUUAAGAGAGGUCGUGGUAGACCUAACUUGACAUGGGAGGAGUCUGUUAAGAGAGACCUGAAGGUUUGGAAUAUCGAUAAAGAUUUAGCCAUGGAUAGGGGUACGUGGAAGUUAGCUAUCCACGUUCUGAAACCAUGAUUUGGCUUCGAGAUCUUAUGGGUUUCAACUCUAGCAUAUCCCAACUUGUUUGGGACUGAAAGGCUUGGUUGUUGUUGUUGUUGUUGUUUCUAGAGUUCUGAUUGGUCAAUAAUGUCCACAUAGUAUUUAGCUCUUUUGUAUUUUUUGCAAAGUAUUUAGCUGUUGCUGCAUUUGUCAUACCAAGUGAACAGCCUAGGUGUUGUUUUUGUUUGAAAUGGAGAUGUGCGAGUAGAUAACAGUGUGAAUUAAGUUAGGUUCAUGAAGCAAGAAUAGCUGGUGCUACCUUCUUCAAAUACUUAAAAGUUAAAGCCUGUUAUUUCAUAUGUCUUCUUCCAGCAAGUUUCUCUAGAGACCUUGGGAAAGAUCAAUGACGAGCUCAAUUUCAAGUAUAGCUGCAAUCUGCAACAUCAGGUAACAUUGGUACAUGUGACAGAUUUCAAGUUUUCAACCAAAGCAACGAAUGAUGUAGAACAACUAGUCAUUUACAGCCAGGGACAACUACGUCCAUGUUAAAAAAGCAAUGGACAAA